AUGCCACGGUCACAACGAAACGAUAAUUUUAUUGAUAAAUCUUUUACUGUAAUUGCUGAUAUAUUAUUAAAAAUAUUACCUACUUCUAAUCGCGAAAAACAAGCAUUUAGCUACUAUCGAGAUGGAAUGUCAGCUCAGUCUGAAGGAGAAUACGCAGAAGCUUUGCAAAAUUAUUACGAAGCUUUGCGUUUAGAAACAGAUGCGUAUGACCGAAGUUAUAUCUUAUAUAAUAUUGGAUUAAUCCAUACUAGUAAUGGUGAUCACGCGCGCGCUUUAGACUAUUAUUAUCAAGCAUUAGAACGAAAUCCCGCACUACCACAAGCUUUAAAUAAUGUGGCUGUAAUUUUUCAUUAUCGGGGUGAACAAGCUAUAGAGAUAGGGCAAAUAGAAAUAUCUAAAUUGCUAUUUGAUAAAGCUGCGGACUACUGGCGUGAAGCUAUUAGAAUAGCGCCGACUAACUACAUUGAAGCACAAAAUUGGCUUCAAAUGACUGGUAGAGGUUAA